AUGGCGGAUAACAAAGGCGAUGAGGAUAUGGAACCGCCAGCUAAUCCGGAUUCAGUACCUACUGCCAUGGCCGAAGAGCAAUUAAACAAAAAUAGUGGCGAUAAGGUAGUAAUUAUAGAAGCGGAUUCGAAGCAAGAUGGAGAAACCGAGUCCCAGAAAGACGCUAACGUGGAGCCUAGCGCCACCACUGAAGGAGAGCACGAGAGCAGUGGCGGGGCAACUGAGGCUACUGCCGCCGCUCCCGCUCCCGCUGCUGUUGUUGCGGCGAGCAUCUUAACUGAAGCCGACGGUAGCGUUAGCAAUGUUGCUAGCCCGGCUGAGACCAUUAGCGCCAAUCCAGAACCGUUAGCAACUGAAACAGCACCCGUUGCGGAUCCUCCAGCUAGCGGAAACACGACGGAAACAUCUCCGGCUUCAGCUGCCCCGGCGGCGGCGGCCACCCCGGUACCCACUCCCAUUAGUUUACUGGAUACGUGCGCUGUGUGUAAACAAAGUCUUCAGACUCGAGACUGUGAACCAAAACUUUUGCCCUGUCUGCACUCUUUCUGCCUAAAAUGCAUCCCGCAACCGGACAGACAGAUAAGCGUUCAGGUGCCUGGGCCACACGGGCAAACGGAUACGCAUAUAGUAAAUGUUAUGAGAUGUUCGGUUUGCCACCAGGACUACAAACAAAGCGACAUUAUUGACAACUACUUUGUCAAAGACACAACAGAAGCUACCAGCACAUCUGAUGAAAAAACUGCACAGGUGUGCACAAGCUGUGAAGACAAUGCUGGGACUGUCGGCUUUUGUGUGGAGUGUGGCGAAUGGCUGUGUAAAACGUGUGUCGAGGCCCAUCAGAGAGUGAAAAUUACCAAGGACCACAAAAUUCGUACAAAGGAAGAUGCGGAUGCUGCCGCUGAGUCGGGAAACACGGCAGGACAGAGGCUUGUUUUCUGUCCCAUCCAUAAACAAGAACCUCUGAAACUUUUCUGCGAAACAUGUGACACGUUAACAUGUCGGGACUGCCAGCUUCUGGAGCACAAGGAGCACAGGUACCAGUUUUUGGAGGAAGCUUUCCAGAACCAUAAAGGAAUCAUCGAGGCCAACAUGGCCAAACUACAGGAUAAAAAGAACUAUGUCCAUUAUUCUGUCUCUCAGUUGCAAAACAGGUUGAAAGAGCUGGGAGAGACUCAUAGAAAAGUGGAACAUGAGAUCAAGAUUGCUGUAUUUACUCUCAUAAAUGAAAUCAACAAAAAGGGCAAAGCGUUACUUCAGCAGCUGGAGAGCGUGAACAAAGAGAGGAGCAUGAGGCUUAUGGCUCAGCAUAAGGACACCACCCAGCUGGCUCAACAGAUCCACCAUGUGCUCAACUUUUGCAACUGGGCCAUCACUUCUGGCAGCAGCACAGCGUUACUCUACAGCAAGAGGCCGAUCAUGUACCAACUUCGCCAGCUCUUCAAGGCAAGACUGGAGCCAGCCCCACAGUCCAAUGGAGCCGUCCGGUUCUUCUGUGAUCCAACCUUCUGGGCCAAAAAUGUUGUGAAUUUAGGUAAUUUAGUUAUUGAAAAGCCUCCUCCAUCGGCACAACCUCCCAGUGUGAUGUUAGGUGGACCGGCCAUUUCACCAGGACAAGGUCACCCAGGCAAACAUCCAGGACAGAUCAACCUGGCUCAGCUUCGGCUGCAGCACAUGCAACAAGCUGCUUAUGCACAGCAAAAGCAUCAUCACCAACAGCAGCAGCAGCAUCAGCAACAACAACAACAACAACAACAACAACAGCAGCAGAUUCAGCAACAAAUGCGUUUAGCCUCCCAAAUGUCCCAGCAGCAUGCCAGGCAGGGUGGCCCGGCUAUGGUUCAGCAGCAGCCUCCUAGACUCAUCAGCAUGCAGCAGCUUCAGAGAGCCGGGACUAUUAACGGUGGGCCCAGUCCCUCUAUGUUCCCCUCCUCCCAUCAUAUGCGUCUAGCUGGUCCCCCACAGGGCCGAAUGCCCACAGCUCAGCCCAGACACAACGGACAGCAGUAUGCACCUCUGAUGCAGCCUCAGUUGCAGAGACAGAUGUCUUUAGAAUCUGAGAUGAGCCACCAAAGGUUUCGUUUCUUACUCCAAUCAGGGCAUUCCAACCCGGGACACGCUGGCCCCUUUCCGGUGGCAUCCCUGCAUAACGCCAGUCCCACGAGUCCCACCAGCGCCAGCAUGGCCGGGGCCCAUGCUCACCGUGGUCCUGCCAGCCCCAUCGUUGGUCCCAUCGAGCUUAUCCCCUCUGUUACUAAUCCUGAAAACCUUCCCUGCCUACCUGAGAUCCCGCCAAUCCAGUUGGAAGAUGCAGGUUCCAGCAAUCUUGGGCAUCUUCUUUCCCGUUACAUCUCAGCGAGCCAACAUCAGCUCGGCUCAACAGACAUGAACCCCUCACCCGGCCUGUCCACCCUCUCUCCUGGAUCAUCAGGUCUGUCCAACGCUCACACACCAGCGAGACCCUCCAGUACAUCAAGUACAGGCAGCAGAGGCAGCUGCAGCUCUGCUGGCAGAGCGGGAACCGGCGGUGGAGCGACUGCAGAGCAGGUGAAGGUGAAGAAGGAACCUGGUACUGGGGAUGAGUACGGCUGUCCCUCCUCUUCUGUGAAGACUGAGCGAGGCAAAGACUCUGGGAGGAGCGCCUGUAUGAUGAGCAGUCCAGAGAACAGCCCACUCGGAGUUGCAUCCAUAGGCCAGGAUGCCUUCAGGGGUGUUGGAGAACGCAUCAAAACAGAACCAGCAUCUGAGACGUCUUGUUCCGGCCUGAACGGCACAUCCUCCUCUACCACUAACACUAUAUCCACCGCUACCUCGUCGUCCACCACAAGUCAGGGAGGCCCUCUCACCAACGGAAGCAUAGACAAGAGAGGUGGGACUAAUGAUGCGACGCAGGGUGCUGGUGGGAAAGACGACGACCCCAAUGAGGACUGGUGUGCUGUCUGUAUCAACGGUGGUGACCUUCUGUGCUGCGACCGAUGUCCGAAAGUGUUCCACAUGAAAUGUCACGUUCCGACCAUAAAAAUCAUCCCACAGGGUGACUUUCUCUGCACGUUCUGCCGGAGUAUAGCCAACCCUGAGAUCGAGUACUGUGAUGAAAGCAAGAGGGUCAAAGGCGAUCAGAGCCUGGGUCCCGAAGAUCAGCGGAGAUGCGAACGGCUCCUCCUGUAUAUUUUCUGUCAUGAGCUCAGCAUGGGCUUUAGAGAACCCGUUUCAAGCUCUGUACCCAACUAUUACAAGAUCAUUAAGCAGCCCAUGGACUUAAAGAAGGUGAAGAAGAAGCUGCAGCUGCGCAGCUCCCAGUACUACAAAUCCAUCCAGGAGUUUGUGGAUGACAUGCGCCUUAUCUUCAAAAACUGUGCAAAAUACAACGAGAUGUCUCGAAUAAUCCGAGUUUAUGAUGAGGAGAAAGAGAUUAAUACCCAGGCGGGAUCGGAGAUGGCGAUAUCCGGUAAGGCGGUGAGCCUGUACUUUGAGGAGAAGCUUCAGGAGAUGUUCCCGAAUCAAACCUUCCCCGACUCGCCGGAUCCAGAGUCGUCAGACGAGAGAGAACGAGAGGAGGUGGAAACGGAGGACUCGGAGGACGACAUUCAGCCCAGACGUAAACGGUUGAAAACGGACGAAAAGGUUUUUCACAUCAAAUAGAAGCGGACGUAAAAGAAAAAGAAGCAAGAAGGAAAAGGACUGUCUUCCUCACACUCCCCCACUCCUCUAUUUUAUUUUAUUUUAUUUUGGAGCAACAUAUGAUGAGUACAAAGAUUUCUUAAACUCAUUCUAAAAUUGUUGCCUUAGAAUAAAAGUAUUUGCAGGUCUUUUGUUGUGUUUAUUUCUGUGAACCCCUGAGGGCGUAAAGAUGGAAGCGCUGAUCUGUGUGUUUCAUGGACUUUAACCUGCUUGUACAAAAAUUUCAAGGCUGAUCUUUUUCUUUUUUUUAGUUGUAGCUACUGAUUUAGUUGUGUUUUCUAUCAUCCAUUUGCAUUUGUAGAGUUGUAACAAUUUCUUUAUAAAAACAUUUAACUUGACCUACUCUGAUGUAUAUUAUCUAUACUUCGACAUCGAGCCUACCAAGUAUUUGUAUGACUGUGUUCAAAUGUUGUGUAAAUAAGAGAGUCUACAGUAUAGGUGUUUUGGUGCAUCAAUAAAACAUCUGGAACUAUACCAGAGAAAAUAUUU